AUGGAAACCACAACUAAAGAAAGCACCUCAACAGAAACUAUAACAACAGAAAGCACCACCACAGCUACCACAACACCAGGAAGCACAAUAACUGAGAACACAACAACAGAAAGCACAACAACUGGUACCACAACACCAGAAAGCACCACCACAGGUACCACAACACCAGAAAGCACGACCAUAAGUACCACAACACCAGAAAGUACAACAACCGAGACCACAACAACAGAAAGCACCACAACCAGUACCACAACUCCAGAAAGCACCACAGUGACAGAAAGUACAACCACUGGCACAACCACUCCAGUAAGUACAACAACAACAGAAAGCACCACCACAGGUAUCACAACUCCAGAGAGCACGACAACCGAGACCACAACAGAGACCACGACAACAGAAAGCACCACAACCGAAAGCACCACAGUGACAGAAAGUACAACCUCUGGCACAACCACUCCAAAAAGUACAACAACAGAGAGCACAACAACAGAAAGCACCACCACAGAAAGCACCACAACAGACACUACAACAACAGAAAGCACGACCACGGGUACCACAACACCAGAAAGCACUACAACAGAAAGUACCACCACUGGUAUUACAACUUCAGAAAGUACAACAAUGGAAACCACAACAGACACUACAACAACAGAAAGCACCACCACAGGUACCACAACACCAGCAAGCACAACAACGGAGACCACAACAACAGAAAGCACCACAACCGACACUACAACACAAGAAAGCACCACUACAGAUAUCACAACACCAGAAAGCACAACAACGGAGACCACGACAGACACGACAACAACUGAAAGCACCAACAAAGGUUCCACAACACCGGAAAGCACCACCACAAGUACAACAACACCAGAAAGCACAACGACCGAGACCACAACAGAGACCACAACAACAGAAAGCACUACAACAGAAAGUACCACCCCUGGUAUUUCAACUUCAGAAAGUACAACAAUGGAAAUCACAACUAUAGAAAGCACCACAAAAGACACUACAACAACACAAAGCACGACCACAGAAAGCACAACAACUGAGACCACAACAGACACUACAACAAGAGAAAGCACGACCACAAGUACAACAACGCCAGAAAGCACAACGACUGAGGCCACAACAGAGACCACAACACCAGAAAGCACCACAACUGCAGACACUACAACAACAGAAAGCACGACCACAGGCACCACAACACCAGAAAGCACCACUACAGGAACCACAACACCAGAAAGCACAACAGCCGAGACCACAGCAGAGACCACAACAACAGAAAGCACCACAACAGACACUACAACAACAGAAAGCACAACCACAGGUACCACAACACCAGAAAGCACCACUACAGGAACCACAACACCAGAAAGCACAACAGCCGAGACCACAGCAGAGACCACAACAACAGAAAGCACCACAACAGACACUACAACAACAGAAAGCACA